GGUGAUGGCAUUAGUCCAGCACAAGGCUUUGUUGGCACCCUGUGUGUUAUCGUUGGGCUUUACUUUGCUAUCUUUGGCUAUCGUUUCUUCCGUCCUACAUUGGGGCUUAUUGGCUUUGUCUUUUUUGCUACCAUGACAUGGAUUGGCCUUGUCAAUAAUGAACCUGCUGGUGGCUAUCCCUUAGGUGAUGUAAUUUAUAUCUGUGUGAGUGCUGGUCUUGGUAUUUUAGGCGCCAUCAUCUUGAUCUUUUUGUACCCUCUAGGUGUCUACUGUCUUGCAUGUCUUGGAGGGUUUUAUGUAGCCGUUUAUAUCCUUUCUUGGAAAGAAGAUUUAGUCAUCACGAUAGUAAUGGCCCGCGUGUGCUUUAUUAUUGGACUUUCUUUACUUGGUCCCAUUCUGUUGUACUUUGUUGAGACAUACAUGGUCAUUUUCUCCACAUCAUUGAUGGGCGCGUAUUUGUUUCAUUUUGGCCUUGAUUUCUUUGCACAUACAGGUUUUAUUAACCCUUGGUUAUUGAUCUUUGAUGGUAAUCCAAACCAUCAUAAUGUGUAUCUGAUAAGCAAACCUAUCAAUGUUAUGCUUGCCUUUGUGAUUGUUGGUACAGUUGUCUUUAUUGGAUGGCAGUACUACUGGAAC